AUGACGGGCGACGAUGAGUUUGACGCCCUCGACCAGGUGGACCGCGUCUGCGCCGGCGUCCUCAAGGGCCUCCUGGAGAAGGUGGAGAAGGGCGAGAAGAUGGCCCGGCGGGCGGAGCUGCGCGAGGAGCGAAAUCAGAAGCUGGUGGCCGCCAGCCGGCUCAAGUACCGCCAGGCGCACAUUGAGGUGAUGCGGCGCAGCAUCGAGCGGCGGAAGGCCCAGCUUAACAUUAGCAUUCGCCUGCACGUCGAGGAGCAGCUCAAUGGGCAGUUUGCUAAAGCAGAAGAAGCAGCAGCAGCUGCACCAAAAUCGAAGUCUGCCAAAAAGCGAAAGCUAGCAGAUGAUGCCGACACACCUCCAACUUCCAAGCAGGUCAGCCCAUCGAAGCAGGCCAACCGAGGUGGUAAAGCGGCAAAGCGGCCCAAGGUGACUGUGAUCAGCCAGUCACCGCCUUCUUCAUUCUCCGCCGCCACCAAUGGCAUUUCUCACAAUGAUCAUGAUGAUAAUACUGCUGACGCAGCAGCCACUGUCAAUGGACAGGCACCAAAGCUGCUCGGGCAGGCUCGGAGUAAGACGACACAUUCCAAGCUGCUCAAUGGCUCCACUACUUCUUCCACUACUUCCUCCAACUCCAUCACCACCACCACCGCCGCCGCCUCCGCUGCUAAAUUGUCCCAAAAGUUCACCUCCAUUCGGCAGAUGAAGAAGGCGAUGAAGGGACAGUCGCGAGUUGACAUUUGCGAAAUCGUCGCUGACUCGUCUUCUCAGUCGUCUUCGGAGACGGCCGCGGCAGCUGCGACGGCCGCGUCCACGUACUGCGUCUGCCAGCAGGCGUACGACGCGGCGCAGUUCUACAUCUGCUGCGACCGCUGCCAGGGCUGGUUCCACGGCCGCUGCGUGGGCGUCACCGCCACCGAGGCGAACGCCACUGUCGACUACAGCUGUCCGAAGUGCGAGGGCGACAGCAAGGUCAGCCUGCGCAACAUUAAGCCGCUCUCCGAGGAGGACUUUGCCUCGCUGAAGACUACCUUCAAGGCCGUUCAGUCGCACAAGCACGCCUGGCCCUUCCUGCAGGCGGUCAAUGAGGACGCCGUCCCCGACUACUUUACCAUCAUCAAAGAGCCCAUCGUUCCUUACUUCAAUUUACCGAAUAAAUGA